UUUUUAAGGUACUAUGAAGUGACUAAUGGAUCAGACCUUCUCCCUAAAGCUUUUCUCAAAGUCCUUAAUGUCCCCAUCCUCCUCAACUCCCCAGUUAAGAGCAUCAGCCAGUUAGAUAAUGGUGUAAUUGUAUCGUACCAGACCUCAGACCCUAGCCAACAGCCCUCUUUUACUCACCUUCCAGCUGACAUUGUCCUGGUAACAACCACAGCGAAAGCAGCCCUCUUCAUGGACUUCAAUCCACCUCUAUCCAUCCAAAAGAUGGAGGCCCUAAAGGGGGUCCACUAUGUGAGCUCUACUAAAAUCAUCCUCAUCUUCAGCGAGAAAUUCUGGGAGAAGAACGGCCUCGGAGGAAAGAGCAUCACUGACGGUCCCUCUCGUUUCAUCUACUACCCAAGCCACAAUUUCCCAAAAAAUAAGACCAUCGGCGUCCUCCUGGCUUCCUACACCUGGGCUGAUGACUCCCUCCUCUUCCAGGGAGCGAGCGAUGAAGCCCUGAAAGAGCUGGCUCUGAGAGAUUUGUCAAAGAUCCACGGCGACCAUGUUAGGUCUCUUUGCACAGGGGUGGUGGUAAAGAAGUGGACCUUGGAUCCUUACAGCUUGGGGGCCUACGCUAUCUUCACACCCUACCAACAUUUAGAGUACGCUGAGGAGCUCUUCAGAAGUGAAGGCCGGGUGCACUUUGCUGGUGAACACACAGCCUUCCCUCACACUUGGAUUGAGACGUCUAUGAAAUCUGCAAUCAGGGCUGCUAUCAACAUUAACAAUGUGGCGCUCAAAGACUCAGCUAAAUUUCCAAGAGGAGAUGAGCUCUAGGGUCUGAAGAAUUGAUUUAGUAUUAUGGUAUUAAUAAAAAGAAUACCAAAAGGUGUAAUAUCUCUAGUUAAUGCCACAGAAUUCUAUUAUGUUAAAUGCCACUUUAAUUGACUUAAGUGUACACAAAAGAGAAAUUACAUAUUUCUAAACUAGAAAAAUGAUUCCAAUACUGUACAUUGACAAUACACUUUUUUCCCCCCCUUUGCCCAACCAUGAGCUAUUGGCAGGGUUGCGCGAUACUGGAGCCUAUCCCAGUGCACAUUGCCAGAUAGUCACUAUAUAAGAGGACUGACCAUUUAUGUUAAUAUUCACACCUACAGACAACAGAUAACCUAACCUGUACGUCUUUAAGUGUAAUUUAUAUUUCUGCGUUGAAUCAACGCCAUAGCCUCUGCGUAGCCCCCUACCCUACGCCCUCACCUACGCCGUAGGGUAGGGGGCUAGGGUAGGGGGCUAGGGUAGGGGGCUACGCAGUGGAAGCUAUAUGCUACA